AUGUCCCGAGCAAUCCGGAGGCGGCAAGCAAGCUCUCUGGAGCAGGGCGCGGACAGGUGGCGCAUAGCGCGUCGGAUAAAAACAUACGACGCCUUCGAAAACAUGGGCGAGCCCAUCGACGUGUAUUCUGCAUUUUUUGCAGUCUCCGUCCUCAUGCUUGUCGUCCUGUUCGUAAUUCCUUGGGUGACAAAGUUCGGACGAAGUGAGGAGGAGGAGGAGGAGGAAGUCGAACUACUUUACGAAGAAGUUGAGGAUGACGAGGAGGAAGAUCUCUUCGAAGCGGAGGAGGAAGAAGCGAGUCAGGAUAAAGACCGAAGUCCUGACAAAGUGGUUGCUGAAGCGGAGAAGGCCGAGGCCAGCAAGGCUAAGGCGUGA